UGCACUUUUCUCUCACACUUCUAUCCUCUUCUGCAAAAACAGAGUUAAAUUAAUACUCAUGGAGGCGGCGGCGGCUGAGCAGGGCGGCGAGAAGAUCCCGCCGGGGAAGCCAAUGAGCAUGGAACAACACAUGCUGGACAAAGGGGCUCAGAUGCUGCAGUCUCUGAAACCCGUCAAGCAAAUGAAUCAGCACAUCUGUACUUUUGCUCUCUAUAGCCAUGACAUGACUCGACAGAUCGAGACUCACCACUUUGUCACGCGGCUCAACCAGGACUUCCUCCAGUGCGCUGUUUAUGACUCCGGCGACUCCACCGCCCGCCUCAUCGGGGUGGAGUAUAUCGUAUCUGAUAAAAUUUUCGAAAGUCUACCUCCGGAUGAACAGAAGCUAUGGCAUUCCCAUGCGUAUGAGAUUAAAUCGGGUCUUCUGGUGAAUCCUCGGGUUCCGGAAAUGGUUGUAAGACCCGAACUUGAAAAUCUGGCCAAGACCUACGGAAAGUUUUGGUGCACAUGGCAAACUGACAGAGGUGAUAAGCUCCCAAUGGGUCCACCGGUGCUGAUGAUGUCGCCCCAGCCAGUGAACUUGGGUAUGGUGAACCCGGAUCUUAUUGUGAAAAGGGAUGACAAGUACAACAUAUCAAGUGAGGCUCUGAAGAAUGCUAGGAUCGAAAUCCCGGAGCCUGAGUGGAUUAAUCCUCAGGCGGAUUACUGGAAGCAGCACGGGGUUGGUUUCUUCAUUGACGUGGAGGCCACAGAGAUGAAGAAAAUAGUUCCCUUCCCCUGAGAGGGAAGAAAAGUACCUUGCCAUAGGGUAUAUAUAAAAUGCUUCAGUUAUCACAUUGGCUGUUAGUUGACUGAAAUGCUGUAUGUAUGUAAUAAUUAAUGCUCGCUCCGUUUUGCCGUCAUCCCAGUAGUAUGAAAUGUAUGGACUCGCGGGCCAUGUUUUGAGGUGUACAUACAUGUAUAGAAGGCCUUCCUACCUGUGCUGGACGCCGGAUAUUGUGCAGUAAAAUGCGAUAUUUCGCCACACAGACAUUCUCUGUUA